UAGAUAGAUAUAUAUUGAAGAUUAGCCCAUGUUCUUCCAAGAAUAUAGGUACAAUAGUUGAGAAGUUGUCACGUCUAGAUAAACCAUACUCCCUCUCUUGUCUUGGGAUCUCUACUAGCUACAAAAACAGAAGAGAGGAAAAAAGAAUAUAGAGUUAUUUUACUUAAAUAUGGAAGCUCCAUUGUCAUCUUGGCCAUGGCAGAACUUGGGAAGUUUCAAGUAUUUACUGUAUGGACCAUUUGUUGCAAAAGUGAUGUACUCAAGAUAUCAAGAAGACAGCAUUUGGGCAACUUGGUGUCUACAUGUUCUCAUAUUAUGUUCACUUAGAGGUCUCAUAUAUCAACUAUGGUCUUCUUUCAGUAACAUGUUGUUCUUAACUCGAAACCGUCGGAUUAUUAAAGAUGGAGUUGAUUUUAAGCAGAUUGACAAAGAAUGGGACUGGGAUAAUUUUGUACUUCUUCAUGCUGUAAUGGCUACUUUAGCAUGUUACAUGUUACCAAACCUUGUUAAUCUUCCUAUAUGGGAUUUAAGUGGAUUAGUGGUGAUCACAAUCCUUCAUAUAGUAAUUUCAGAACCCCUUUACUACUGCUUACAUAAGUGCUUCCAUGGAAAUUAUCUUUUCAGCCAUUAUCAUUCACUUCAUCAUUCUUCAGCUAUACCUCAACCUUUUACAGCUGGUCAUGCGACAUUUUUGGAGCAAAUUCUUUUAGGUGGAGUGAUUGGAAUUCCAAUUCUAGGGUCUUGUCUCAUGGGAUAUGGAUCAGUAGCUAUAAUCUAUGGCUAUGUAUUGGUCUUUGAUUUCUUAAGAUGUUUGGGACAUUGCAAUUUUGAGAUUAUUCCUCAUCAGCUCUUUCUGGCCUUUCCAUUUAUGAAGUAUCUUCUUUACACUCCAACGUACCAUAACCUACAUCACACAGAGAUAGGAACAAAUUAUUGCCUAUUUAUGCCACUUUUUGAUGUGCUAGGUAACACUCUUAACCCAAAAUCAUGGGACAUGCACGCAAAAGCAAGCGUUGAAUCAGGUAAAAAUGGGAGGGUGCCAGAUUUUGUGUUCUUGGCGCAUGUAGUAGACAUGACAUCGGCAUUGCACGUACCCUAUAUGUUCAGAUCAUUCAGUUCAAUUCCUUUCAGCACAAAGCUCUUCUUAAUACCCUUAUUGCCUCUCUCUUUUCUUGCCAUGCUUGUUAUGUGGCUCUAUUCCAAACCUUUCUUGAACACUUUUUACUACCUCAGAGGCUACUUGCACCAAACUUGGGUCGUCCCUCGCUUUGGUUUCCAGUAUUUCUUGCCAUUUGCAGCACAAGGCAUUAAUAAACAAAUAGAGCAAGCAAUUCUUAGGGCUGAUAGAUUGGGAGUCAAAGUCAUCAGCCUUGCUGCAUUAAACAAGAACGAGGCACUAAAUGGAGGAGGGACACUAUUUGUGAACAAGCAUCCUAACCUUAGAGUAAGAGUUGUACAUGGGAAUACCUUAACUGCAGCUGUUAUCCUUAAAGAAAUUCCAAAUGACAUCACUGAGGUUUUCUUAACUGGAGCCACCUCUAAACUUGGACGAGCUAUUGCUCUUUAUCUUUGCACAAAACAAGUUCGUGUGCUUAUGCUAACUUCAUCAACUGAAAGAUUUCAAAAGAUCCAAAAGGAAGCUCCUGCUGAAUACCAAAAGUACCUAGUCCAAGUGACAAAAUAUCAGGCAGCCAAAAACUGCAAGACAUGGAUAGUUGGAAAAUGGAUAACUCCAAGAGAGCAGAAUUUUGCACCAACAGGAGCACAUUUUCACCAGUUUGUGGUACCUCCUGUCUUACCCUUUAGAAGGGACUGUACUUAUGGUGAUCUUGCUGCCAUGAGAUUGCCUCUAGAUGUUCAAGGACUUGGAUCUUGUGAGUAUACGAUGGAAAGAGGGGUAGUCCAUGCAUGCCAUGCAGGAGGAGUGGUUCAUUCAUUGGAAGGCUGGACACACCAUGAAGUUGGAGCUAUUGAUAUAAACAGGAUCGACUUAGUUUGGGAGGCAGCUUUAAAACAUGGAUUAAAGCCAGUCUCAAGUUUCAGACAGAUUGAUUAAUAUGUGAUUAAGUAACAUGUGGAAAUUAAUUAAAAUUUCCAAUUCAAUAGUUACCUGAGAAAGUGGUUAAAUAAGAAUGUUCUUAACAUCCCAUUUGUAGGUGUGGAAAAAAGAAAUUAAUUUAGUUGGCUAGAUUUACGUUUAGUUCGAUUUGUGGUACAAUUACAUGGCCCAGUAUUUCAUUUUGUAUGUAUAAUUAAGAAUUUGAAUUAAAUCCAUAAUCCUGUGUUUCACUA